GUUAUGUCAAGGAUCACGUGCGCAACUUAUACCAUGCGAGUACGUUUGCGCACCCUCGUCAAACCCACCGAUUCAAUCCUGCAAUCGAUCAGUUUAUAUACAAACGAUCCACAAUGGAACAACAAACGAGAAACGUAGCCCUCUAUGAAGAGAUGCUAGGAUUAAAACGGAGAUAUCCUACAAUAAGAUACACUGUCAUUGCAUUCACCUACAAUUGUUAUCAGUUGUUAUCGAAUCAGCAAAAAUGACAGUUCACUUGAAUCUUUUAGAUCAUCUUUAAACUGUUUUAGAUCAUAUCGUCUAAGACUUGAGAUCAUCAUAGCAAUCAUUGAUCAUAGCGAUAUACAAUGUGACCACUUAACCUUGUUGCUAAUGUGUUUACUGAUAUUGUUUCUGGAAAAUCUAUCGAUGUUUUUGUUCCCUUAUUUAUAAAAGAAAAAUCUGUAACCAAUAAACAACAAUGGCUGAAUCAACUUUUUCGAAAUCAGCGAGCGAAUCGCAGUUUGUUCGAAAUGAACCUGUGAAUUAUACUACCGAAAUUCGACAAAUGAUGCAUGGUUUUGGAGAUAGUAGUGAGCCUUUAAUGGAAUCUGCAAGAAUUGUAGAAGAAGUAGUUUUACAACAAAUGAGGACGAUCGUAAGAAAGGCGUGCGAAGUUUCUGAAAGACGAGGAACUUCAAAGAAGGGUGCCAGCAUCUGUGCAGAGGAUUUAAUUUUUUUGUUACGCAAAGAUAAAGUGAAAUUACAGCGACUUAUAAAAUAUUUAGAAUUAAAGGAAUAUAAGUCUUCUUUGAACAAAACAUUGGAUAAUGAAAUGCCCGAGGAUAUCCUAAAUACCGAAAAUUUUGAAAAUUCCAAGACUAAAGGACCGUUUCAUAGUUUUCUGAAUUUAAUUGACAACACCGGUGAACUUUUCGAAGAUGCAUCUACUGUUGAUGAGAUUAAACAACAGAGAAAUGUUCGUGCAGAACUCAUGACAAGGUCCAUGGAUGAAGCUAGAUAUUUAAAAUUCAGUAAAGCUCGAAAUGCAUCGUUUGCAAAUAAAAAUAGACAUAAAUUCAGUGACUGGCUCUCACCAGAGAGUGAUAUUACUAUAUCAAAACAAGGGUAUGCAAUUUUGGGGUAUUUAGCAUACGAAACAGUAGCACAAAUUGUGGAUUUAGCGUUGUUAGUAAGACAAGACCAAAAUAAAAUUUAUGGAGAUGCUAUAGAUCGACUCAGACUCAGUUACGUGAAUCCAUAUACUUAUAAGCCAUAUUAUCAUGGCAAGGUUGCAGUAACAAAACCAAUAUCACCCGCGGAAAUUAUUGAAGCUCUCAGAAGGUUUUGGUCUCCACAAUUAGAUAUGACGGGCCCGUUUGUUCGUUGGUCAAUGAGAAAACCGCAUCUGAAACUUCUUGCCUGUUAAUAUAAGUACGAAAGGGUAAGAGUCAGUUUAAUUAUGUAAGCAAGAUGCAUAUUUUGUUAUCUCGAGGAAACACAUUUCGAAAUGAUUUGUCAGUAUUUUAUACCAGAAGUAUUUUGUUCGACUUUGAAUUUAGUAUGUAGAGUCAAUGUAUGCAGAGUCAAUAAUAUAGGAUAUUUUAAAAUUGA